UCACUGAGUAAAGGACAAGAGAAUGAUUAACACGUGUCAUGUAUGGACAAAUGUCGCUGCCUCUCUCUGUAUAUCCACAGCAUGGACCAUCAAGGUAGUAGUGUCUGAUAAAGUGGCCAGGUGGAAUAGCUAGUGUUUUAAAAAGCCUAACUUUCUUCUGGCCUAUAUAUCACUGCUGAAUGAUGACAACACACAUCUGAAUCUGACUUGCAGAGCACAAGCAUAACCUCAACCAUGCUGAGACCGUAUUUAUAAUAUGGAGAUUACAGUAUGGCCAAAAAUGUGAAUACCAUACAAGCUUUGGUUACAUUUGUACCAAUUUUAGCUCAGAUUUCAAGUUCUAUAAAAUCUUUAAACAUGGCUGCGUGUAGUAUAUAAUACACUUGUCAUUGUCAGAACUAGUCCUUAUGUGCCUAAAGUCAAUGCUGAAGGUGCAUGUAGCCAAGUGUUUUCAGUUAUCUGACACAAAGUUCAAAUAAAACUUUUUGCUUGUUUGUGCUUUUGACUUAAGGCUAACACACAGCAUGAUUGCUGUAGAAAGAGCUGAAGUCGUAAGACUAUUGCUGCUAUUCAACAGGGAAACAUAGCUGCUGCGCAUAAGCUAGCUAAUGACUGAAGCUAAUGAUUUAGCUAGCUAGUACAUAGCCGUUAAGCUUUUCAUACAAACCAUGCGAAGUGAAGUGACAGAGGAUAUCAACAUUUCUCUCGGAUGUGUUACUACAUUUCUAAGUAAAUACCCUGUAAGAAUAUACUUGAAUGUUUUUUUUUCAAGAUUUUUUUUUGAAGAAGCUGAAAUCUGCCUUCAGAUCAAAUCGUAGCGCUGAAACAGCAUUAGGAAAGUAGUAAGUAAGGCAGUGUGAGAACCUGGUUGGUCUUUCUGGGAUUGUGUUUAACAAUUUAACACAAUCCAGUUCACCUAUUUAACUGGAAGGCAGUAUUUUAUUAUUCUAGGUGAACAUGUCUUAGAUAAACAUGAUAUUAUCUGUGUAUACCACAAGGCUCUGUACUUGGCCUGUGUUUCUUUUCUUUGUAUAUGAUGCCACUGUGUAAGAUUACAGUCGCUGGAUCACAGUUCUACAUAUCUGUAGCACCAGAUGAUAUCACUCCUCUUGAUAAGCUGUUAACCUGUCUGUCCAUUGUUUACUGGAAUAAAAAAAAAUAAAUAAUAGCAUUUUUAACUAAAUGAAGAUGACAGAAAUUGGAAUUGGUAGUGAAAAGAAGAUAUAUAACAGACUUGGAAAUCUGGCUCUAAAGACCAAAGUUAGAGAUCUUGGUGCAAGUUUGGACUCUGAUUUAACUUUCCUAACACUGCAUUCUAUCAUGUAAGGAAUAUACCAUGGGUGGGAACCUAUCUUUAGUUAUAAGCUGCCAAGAAUCUGCUCCAUACUUUUUUUUUUUUGUGCUUUGACUACUAUAAUGCAUUGCUCAAUUCCCACUGCUACAACACACAAUGCAAAAUGCAGCAGCAAGAUUACUUAACAUAUACUAGAAAAACAGAUCAUAUUCAACCAGUUUCAGCUUCCCUCCACUGGCUGCCUGUUUCCUUUAGAAAUGACUAUAAAAUUUUAUUACUAGUUUUUAAAUCUCUUAAUGGUACAGCACACACCUUUUUAAAACUCUGAGUGUCUGUUAAACUAGCCUACACUAUGUUCCAGAUUGUGUUUUGAGAUCAUCUAGGGCUAGCCUUCUCCACAUUCCAAGUGUGAAAAUUAAAAACAGUGGUGAAACAGCCUUUUGUUUCUAUGCCCCAAAGAUCUGGAACACAUUACCAUUAAACAUUUGUCAGACUCCAUUUAUCAUUGAUUUUAAAAAAACAAACAGCUAAAACAUUAGUUAUUAACUAGCUUUUAUUAUCUGCCUUACUAUUACAGGCAUGUUACUUUCACAAUAUAUUUAUAAUAUUUUAAUGACUUUUAGUUACAUCUAUUUUUACAGCUUGUUAAUCAUAUAUAAUUGUUACUGCUAUUAUUUGUUGCAUUAAUUAUUAGAUUUGUUACUUUCUAUGGAAUAUUUCUAUGGAUUUUCUCGUAAACAUAGUGAGCACGACACCGCUUAAAUAUAGCAUGAGAGUUUUCGCAAUCUACCCACCUCAACUCGUGAUGUGUUCAGAUGACACACCUUGCUGUGGAUUGAGGUUUUUGUGAGGAAACUGUGUGCUACUCAGGUGGUUUGAGACCCCAGAGUCAAAGAGACAAUGAUUUUAUUGUGUGAAAUGCCAGUUUUGUCAUGAAAUUCUAGUUUGCAGGUGGACAGAUUUGCAUGAAAGAGGGCUUGUUUGGGUCAGAUAUUUGGUCUUGUUUUUUUUUUUUUUUUUUUUUUUUACCAAUAGAUAAGCCUACUGAUCUUGUGUGCGUGUGUGUGUGGUUUUGACCUUGGAAAUCUUUGGUUAAUUUAACAACAGUGUGUGUUCACUUAUGAGUGUGUGUUCGAAUGUAUAUUCUCCUGGUUUGUCAUUGGUGCAUGCAAUGAUGCGCUGAUAUUUUGAUCUGUUUAUCUGCAGGCUGUGCUAGCACUGUGAUAGUGUGCUGUUUCACACAGCACGCGGAUCUGAUAAAGCUGCUGAGUCACGCUGGCAUUUUGCCCACUCUCUUUCUUAAGCUGAUGUGUGAUCGUGUGGCUGCGUGCGUACUGUUUUGCAGCUCAAGGUGGUCAUCAGCUGUGGUUCCUGGUGGCACUUUGGUAGAGACUCUGUAGGGACUCCACAACCGAGGGAGCGUGUGUGUGCGUGUGUGCGCAUGUGUGUGUGUGUGUGUCAGGCUGUAUGUUACCCUCAGUUGGUUAAGAAGGCGUGUGUGAGUUUGGGAAGAGAAACGUGGUCACAAUGGAGUGGGGGGUGGGGGGCACCGAACAUGCAGAGCUCAUGUAUCCUGCCUUUCACUCUGCCAUAGUGGAGGAAGCAAAUCCAGAUCCCCACCUCUCUCUCUCUCGCUCUCUCUUGCUCUCUCUUGCUCUCUCACUUGCGCUCUCUCUGUCUCACUUUCUCUCUCUCUCUCUCACACACACACACACACACACACACACACACACAGUCUCUCUCUCUCUCUCUCUCUCUGCUGUGUUUCCUUUUUCCUCUAGGUAGUCUGACUGUUUUCUUGGUCUGUCUGUGUCUCUAACAUCAUCUCUCCCUUCUCCAGACUCUUGGUCUUUAAUUUAUUUCUUACCUCCAUACCUCCCUCACUCCUCUACUGUUUUGCUCUCCUGCUUCAUGUUCAACUAGCUGGAGCAGUUUCAUGGCGCUAUUGAGGUCUCCAGUCCCUCCUUCUCUGUCUUUCUGUGUCUCACUCUCUUCUCUCUCAAUUUCUCUGUGAACAUUGUCAUGGAGAAGCUAGACAUCUUGAAGACCAGAGCAGCCACCACCAACUUGGACUCGGAGAGCAAGCGAACGGCCCACUUCCAAUCGUCAUGGCAACAGCAUGUGAAUGUGUUUGGCUCAUGGAGUAGGCCGGAGUGUGUGCAGGAGCUGCACCAAGAGGCUCAGCUCAACCUCCAGAGCCUGCUGCAAGACUUUGAGGAGCAGCUGUAUGAUAACAGGGUAACUGGGCAGACAUUCCGGCACCCUUCCUCUCAGAGCUCAGAGGACACCUCCACUACGCUCAGCCGCUCGCCUUCCUCAAUCAACAGCAAGAAACCAGAGUUUGUCUUCCUGCCUGCAAAUAAACAGGUGUGUGAGGAUGAGACAACCUCAUUAGGGAUCCGGGCUCAGGACCCGGCCGCUUGUAGCUCGGACCGCUCCCUCCUGGGCUGGAACUCUUCUGUGGGGCCCCCAGUUGCUGAAAAACCUCGGUGGCACCUGAGUCGACACUCCUCUGCACACCUCGUCCCUAUCGAUGUCACAGGCCAGAGCUUUGAUAAGCACGCCAGCGAACUCCAGGCCCCCUUUAGAACUGAAAAGGCGGUUAACCCAAAGACCAUCCGCCGCCCAAGGAGUGUGAUCGCAGGCCCUGAUGUCACGCUGCACUGCCAAGGUGAUGGCAAGAUUCUUGCUGUUGAUCUGAUACAAGGUGCCUGUUCUCCUGACUCUUCCCAGCCGAGAUCUCUGGAACCCACCACAGAGAAUACAGGCGAGCAGCACAUACCUUUACGGAAAACUCAGAGUGACAGAGAGCACAGUGUCCCCGCAUCCCCCAAAGCCUCCACAGGCAUGAUGGACCAUGCCACUCUUAUGUGCCCCAGCUCUUCCUGGAAUGGCCCAAAGGGUUCCACCUUCUCUCCCUCCUGGAAUGACUCCUACAACUAUGCCCUAUCCCCAAACCCUGUUGCCAAGCAGCCUUUGUCCAAACCUGGAACAUUAGACUCUGGUGGAGGUGGCCUCAUGUGCCCGUCCCAAACCAGCUCUGCCAUGUCCAUGAGUUCUGUAUCACACUCUAGCUCCUUUACUUUCAUCUCAGAACCUUCUGGGCACAUGACAUAUGCAGUCACACAUGGAAAUGCAAUUAAGGGAAAAAGAAAUGAGACUGAGGGUGCAGCAUCCAGUCCAGCUGCCGGUAAUGGCCUCAAUAAAUGUGAGCAAGAGAAGAGAUCAACACGAGCCAAUGCUUUCAAGUUCCGUGAACGCUCCCUUUCAACACCAACAGAUUCUGGAUCUCUCUGCUCAACAGACAACAUGUGCUGUCCAGGGGAGACAGUGCCUAUAGUCCGAGAAGGUGAGAGCUAUGCCUUGCUGUACCCUAGCAACAGCUCUGAGGACAACACCAGCACUGACAAUGUGUCUGUAGCAACAGGGUCUGACUUCUUCCCAAUGAGUAGACUGAGGUCACGAUCACGAAGCAUCUCACUGAAGAAGCCCAAAAAGAAGCCACCACCUCCAGUACGCAGCGUGUCCCUAGUAAAGAACUUGUCAGCAAUUGGUGGGAUGGGCCCACACCAUGGUGAAGGACAUAUCAGAGAUGGUAGGCCUAAGAGCCUCUUCAUACCACGUGAUCAUAAUUUCCAGGAUUCAUUCCAGCCCGAGUUUCUUAUGGCAUCUAAACCAGAUGAGGAGACACACAGCAGUUUAGAGACAGCCUCUGAUACAUCUCAGCCCCCUGACAGAGAAGCUGACCUAGCCUUCCCCCCUCACUGGCAGCUCAGUGAGUGGAAGUCCAACAAUGACCCUUAUCGUUCAUUAUCAGGCUCCAGCACUGCUACAGGUACAACAGUAAUUGAAUGCAUUAAGGUGCGUGGAAGCUCAGAAUCCCUGAAUUCACCAUCAAACUCUCGUGCUACUUCUCCUUCCCCACUUUCCAUUGAAGCAGAGACUAAGGUCUCUCCAUUCAAGCCUCCAUGUCUUAUGUCCCCCUCAAGUGGAUACUCUAGUCAGUCUGAGACUCCCACCCCAACUAUUACAAACUCUGCCAUCACUGGACUCACCCCAACAGGGUGCAAGAUGCGCCCAAAGAUCCCAGAGAGGAAGUCCUCACUUCCAGCCACCUCGCCAAAAGACAAAUCUCAGUCUCGUCUCUCUUUUGAGUUACCUGUGAAUUCCCCAAUAGACUUGUCGGCUGUCAAACCCAAACCUAAAGCUAGCCGGAGGCACUCAGACACAUCUACCACCAGCAAACCAGGAAAAUUGAGUCAGUCAUCACAGCCCAUGGUUACCACAACAGAUCUGCGAAACAUCAGACUCCGCUCAGUAAGCCGCUCAGAACUUGAGGACAGUCCUGAUGGCUCCUCUGACAUCAUAGAGGAGGAGCAAGGACGUGAUAUUAGCCCUCCUACCACCCCAUGUAGCUCUAAGCCACCCAAGCCACCAGUUGCAGUAAAGCCACCACUCCCCAAACGACCCAUGAACUUGAUGCUAAAGUCUCCCUCAUCAUCGCCUCAUACUCAGGAAUCUCCACCAGCCUCCCCAGUAGACCGGCCAAUGCCUGUAGCCAACAUCUACAUGGUGGUGAGGAAGCCUAAACCUAAGAGGCCAUCCCAAUCAUCAGUCAGUCCAUCUGCAGUUACACCUCAAGAGCAGUUGCCAAGACAUCCACCCCCUCUACCUGAGCUUGACCUAGAACAUGGGAUACCAAUUGAGGAGGAUUUUACCUUUCCUAGCAGUCCAGAGAAAGAGGACAUAGGCAAGACCCUUCGUAGUCAAAGUCCCAUUUCCUGCAUAACUGAAUUGGACAAGAAGAAACCCAAGGUACCACCACCAGUACCCAAAAAGCCAAAUGUUCUUCUCUUACCUUCCCCUACUGUUCAGGUGCCAAGCAAUGGCAUUACAGAAAAGCAAAGCCUCCUACUUGAAAGUGGUUCUCAGUCACCUCUAGGCCCACCACCAUCUGAAGCUGAGGAGGCUUCUUAUAAUGAAGAUGACCAAGAAAUACCUACUAACCAAGAGAUUCUAGGAAGUUGCAAUGCACAAGAUGAAAAUCAAGGACACCUGGAGGUUCUUGGAAAUGAAGAAAAUCAUAAUAUACCAGAGGAUGGCACCCCGAAGGAUGUUGGAUCUAUUCAAGAUGUUGACAUAAAGGCAUUCACUGCAGAAAUAAUGACAGAAGCUCCAAUGGAGGAAAACAGCUCUGUCAAAGACAAGACAGAACUGCAUAUCACUGAAGAAACAGAUGAUGAUGUGCUUGUCCACACACCUACCACCCAUACAACUGAAGACCUUUUCACAAUCAUACACAGGUCUAAGCGGAAAGUCCUUGGGCGUAAGGAGCCAGCAUUUGGCAGUCGUCAGAGCCUUGUGUCACCUGUGAAAAGCAGCAGCAGUGACAUUCGAACACUGACACUGGGCAGCACUCCAAGGUCAAACUCUCGGAAUGAGAACUUCAUGGCUCUUCUCCAGAAGAAGGGCAGCAAGUCAAGCAGUGGAACGCGGGUCUCUGCCAUGGAACUGCUGAAGAGCACAAACCCUUUGGCUCGCCGUGUCACUGAGUUUUCUAUGUCGGAGCUGGAUGCUGCUGGAACUGACCCAUCUAAAAUGGCUCUACCAGACCAGUGAUUCCACUUGUAGAGAACCAAAUGUAAUGGCUGAUUUUCAGUUAAAUCUAAAUGGUUUUACUUCCCAGGAUCUUGCACUGUCUGAAGUGAGGUGCUUUUGAGUUGUUUUGAACCCUGGGUCUCACGUUUUUUUCAUGUUGCUGUGGAGUGCUGUCCAUAUCAAAGGAAAGGAACCCAGUGUUGAAGUGAGGUUCUGAAAUAGUUGGGUUAGCAUUGUAUUUUACCACUGAGAAUGUGUUACAUUAACUCCUCUGUGGAAAUAUACAAAUGGUAUAAAGGCUCACCAGCCUUUGUAUAUAGUCAAAUUUGCCAAUGCCCACCUUUAAAAUGCAGAAUUAUUGCAAUGCUAGGCAGGACUAUAUUUGUUUUGUGAUUAGGAUGGCGUUCACAAAACAAAUGUGUUCAAACAACAAGCAUGAUUGUCCUAGUCAGAAACAUUCCAUAUAAAAAUGUAUAACAAAUUCCCUUAAAAAGCACUUUUUAUUACAGAAGUAGUUUAGAGACAAACUAUUUGUUAUUUUUGUUUGUUUAUUUCGAAAAAGAUAUAAAAAUCCCUGUUUAGCCUUCUGGGAUUUAUUUCACCCAGAAUAAAACAAAAUAUAAAAUAUUUAAGUGUACGUUUAGAAUUUUUUGUGACUUUCCUUAAAACUGCCUAUUUUUGGCGUGUUUACAACAAACAGGGACUAAAGUCACAAAAUGGACAACCUUCAUGCAAUAUUCUUCAUCUGACUCUAAAUUAUAGAUCUUCCCUCACUGCCAGUAGUGGUACACAGUUUAUAGUAGUGUUGUGUAUGUAUAGUACAUACACAAAAUGAAAAACCAAAACCACCACAGAGCAGAUUAUGAGAACAUUACCAAAUGAAAGAAAAUAGGAGCUGGAAACGAAACAAAACAACACAACAACAACAACAAAAAAAAGAUCAAUGAAGGUUUCAAAUCCUCCUAAUGGGGUGUUUGAUCCUGGCUGUCUAAUAUGGAGAACCUGUCUGGGGUUUCUUGUUCUGGCUACCGAAUGAAGGGUCUGCACUGUUUAACACUCAAGGAACCAAGGAAGGGAGUUGCCAAGGACAGUGAGUGGUAAAGAACUUCUUAUUGUCGCCUCCAUAUCUUUUUGACCAGACCUUUGGGAGAUGUGGUGCUGCAGCCUGCUAUAAUCACCACCAACGAAAUUUAAAGCUGCAGCUACAAUGUGUUCCUGAACAUUUUAUCUAUGUCCACAUUGUAUUUGUCACUCACUAUAUGAUCAUUUCAUACUAUGCAUCAAGGCUGUAUGUGCUGCUUCUGUGCCAGCUAAGGCAAAUUAGCAGUGAAUGCCUAUGAAUGUCAGGAAGAGGGAACAAAGCUCAACAGUUUACUUUAGUUUUCUGGGUUUUUUGUAUAGUCGCCGCCCAUAUCACUGCAGAAAAGGAAAUUUAUUUCUAUGUUAUAAUGCACAGACAGAGACUAUCAUGAGAAACUGAGACCUGUGUAGGUCUCAACAUCUGGUUUGUCUAUCAGAUGUUUGGAGACAAAAAGAGAGAAUCAUUUGGUGAGCAAAGAAUUUCCCACAAAGACUACUUGUUCAUUCCCAUUCCUUUAAAAUAUUUUCUCCCACAUGUGACUGUGCUUCUCUGGCUCACAAUCAGAAUCAAGAAACCUGGUGCUAUUGAGCCAGAGCACCCUCUGCAGUCCAGGAGGGGAAGCACACCUGGCGAAAAAUCUGUUCUGACUCUCCUGAACACUGAGGAUGAAGAUUAAAUAAAAAUUUUUAUUAUAUCAGUCCUUCAGGUAUUCUGAUAGCAUCUAAGUAUAACAAAGAAUAUGAAGUAUUACAUUAAAAUAGUGAGUGAAGCUUGUUUUCAGUAUAUAGUGAAUGAAAAAAAGACAACCAGUGUUUGUUUGCCUUGUACUCUGGCGUCAAGCCUGUGUUUUUAAAUGCCUUGGUAAUGCACUUCUGUAGAAAUAUCCAGAGUUUCUUUUAGUCUUUUUAUGAAUACUACUCUAACGGUCAUCAUUACUCUUGUGUACUCUGUGCUGCAUCCAUUCUUAGUCAAUAAUAGUAUCAAAAUUUCCAGAGGAUAGGCGGAGAGGGAGAGAGAAAGUCAAAAUGCUUAGAGACACAAAGAGUGAAGUAUAUAUAUUAAAAAAAAAAAAAACAGACUGUUAGAAGCCAUGUGUUGAGUCACUGAGAGUUUUCACAUAAAUCUAAAAUCACAUAAAUCUAAAGACAAUGAAUGUACAUUAUGCCACACAGACCAGAAAGAUACAGUGACCUACAUUAUAGUAGAUUUCUUUAUGUGACAACCUACAGUGAAAACCUGUUCUUGCUUCUGUAUUCUUCCUCCUUUCUCCCUCCAUCUUAGCCUCUUUCCCAUUCGCCUAAUGACACCCACAGGAGCUCACUUUUGUACACAGAGGAGAGAUGGAUCUCAAAAACACCCCAACAAAGUGAGAGCACAGUAAACAUUGAGAAAUUCAGACCCUACAGGGUCUAUUUUCCUAAAAGCAUUGUGCUUAGGAUCAGCAACUAUUGGACAAAGUGUUUAAAGUGACACUCAUGCUCUUGUGAUUUAUCUUAAAACAUUUUUGGCAAUCAGUUUAAGUCAAAACUCUGUCCCCCUCUGUGCCUAAAAAGUUCUGCACGAUAUGACUUUCAGCCAGUGCCAAAUUUGAAAACAUACACUGUAUAUAACAUGUAAUUCUAAGAUACAACUUUGUCAGAUUUUAACACAGAGAUGAAUAUAACAGAAGAUUAUUAAGGCUAUUAAAGAUCAGUUUAGAGUUUACUGACUCUCUGAAGAAAAAGCUUUAAUUGCCCCUUGUCCUUGGGACAAAUACAGUUGGGUGGGAAAGAAAGAAAGUACUGGGAAUUAUAUUUUUGUUAUUUUAUCAUUGGAAAGACGUAUAUAAAAAUUCUGAAUAUUAUGAGCCUCCCUCUCCAGCAGUAAGGAUAUGUAGCUGUGAGCUCUUCAAGCAGCUAUGUCUUGCCUAUGUGCUAAAAAAAAAUUACAUAAAUAAAUUAUUUUUCUUGCUUAAA